AUGUUAUUUCCAUUUUGCAUCAAUGAAUCUUAUAUAGAUCAAGUUUUCAACCAAAAUCCAAUAUCUUUACUUACUACAAAAAUGAAUCCUGCCAGAUUUGGAUUUGGAGAUGGAGUUGUUAAGGGAGAAAAUUCAUUUUUAUAAAUUAGAAGAUUAAUUUCCAUCACUCAUAAAAAUUAGAAUAAGUAUCAAAUUUAUAAAUUAGUCAAUACUUUUAAAUAUCAUUUUCCAAACAAUUUGUUAGGCUAACUUAGUUUUAUCAAAAUCACAAUCCAAAACCAAUUAAAUAUUUAUUACUAUAAGAGCGUUUACCUUAAAAAUAAUAUUAUUUUAGAGGAAUUCGUGUUUUAUCAGAUAGAUCUAUUUCAGCAUUUAUAGGGGAAACAAGUUAAUAUGAAAGUGAAAACUUUCUUAAUAUCAAUAAAAAUUUCUUUGAUAUCAAAUUAUCAAUAGACAAACAAAAUUGCAGUUUAACUUAUUUCUAUGAUUAUCUAUUCUCUUAAGAAAAAUUAAAAAUAAUAUAGCAUAAAACAAAAAUUGUUCUUCCAAAUUAUAGUGAAAGCUAUCUAAGGUUUAGAAGUAUUUUUAGGGAAACUUAUUUGCUUAAUGGCCAUAUUGGUAAACAACCAAAUAUUGAAUUUGGUUUUACUAAACAGAUAAAUUAAUCUAGCUAUUUUAGUGUUUUAUCGAAAUUUGGUUUUAAAUUAAAUUAAUUUAAUUAUGAGUAUCCUUAUUGUUCACUACUACCAUAAAUAACACUGCAAUAUAAAGGAUGGAUAACAAAACUUGGAUUGGAAGCUAAAUUUAUUGAAUAAGAGUCCAUAAGUCCUUAUUUAUAAAUGGAAAUGGUUUUAUGGGAGGAUCCUAUGUAAUUAUUCUCCUUAUCAUUUAGUCUUUUUAUUAAAAUUUUAUUUAAAAAUAUAAAACCAAGUGUUUAGAUAAACUUUGACUAUGAUUUACAAAAAUAAAGUUGA